AUGCGAAUAUUAAGUGGAGGCCAUGACUUUGAAGGUCGUUCAUAUGUUGCUGAUGUCCCAUUUUUUAUCCUCAACAUGUUCUACUUUCGAUCAAUCUCGAUCGAUGCCAAAAGCCAAACUGCUUGGGUUGGAGCCGCUGCAACUCUCGGCGAAACAUACUAUGCUAUUACCCAAUUUAAUAGCUCCCUUGCUUUCCCUGCCGGCUAUUGCCCUACUAUCGCUUUUGGUGGGCACGCAAUUAGAGGGGGAACAGGAGCUAGUUUUGGUGUAAUUCUCGCAUACAAAAUAAAACUAGUUGAGGUUCCAAAGAAAUUCACUGCAUUCAGUCUCACCAGAACAUUGCAGCAAAAUGCAACAAAAUUAGUCCAUCAAUGGCAAUCUGUUGCCCCAAAGUUGCCUGCAGAUCUACUUAUUUCACUUCAGUUGACCACUGUCAAAUCCAGUCGAACAGGCAAGAGUACUGUAGCAGCCACUUUUGUUUCUGCUUUUCAGGGUGGAGUUGAUGAGCUACUGUACAUAAUGCAAGAAAAUUUCCCAGAGUUGGGAUUGGUUAAGGGGGAUUGCACUGAAUUAAGUUGGGUCGAAUAUAUCGCUUUCCAUUUUGGCUUGCCAAAAGAAUCAACAUAUGAUAUGUUACUAGGCAAAAUCGCUGCACUACCAAAAGAUUACUUCAAAGCCAAAUCAGACCUUGUUCAACGCCCCAUUCCUGAAGAGGGGCUUAAAAAGAUAUGGAAUCUUAUGAAGAAGAUGGAAUCCCCGCCCGGGCGAAUGGAAUGGAUCCCUUUUGGAGCAAGAAUGGAUGAGAUUCCUGAAUCAGAAAUUCCAUUCCCGCACAGAGCUGGAAACUUAUUCUUAGGGCAGCUCCAAUGCCAUUACACCCCUCCAUGA